AUGCUCGAUGCAAAGUACAGCGAGCUUGGCGUCGAUGAUCUCAAGAACAUGACCAUGGAUACGAUGGCAGACAUGACCUUUGAGGCAGUUCAGGAGGGUGAUGAGGGAAUCAGGCGAGACGCUCGCGUCGGAGCAGAACGUGUACAAGCUCGCUGUGCUAAGCAGACGAGCAAAGAGAAGCGCGAGAAGGUGGCCGUCCGUCGCGCAGAGUUCCUCGACUUCUUCAAGCACAACACGGAUGCAGGGCUGUCUGACAGACUCCUCGCCGUCGCCGAAGGAGUUGAUCAAAUGUUACGACAACAUCGUCGCGAGGCCGAGCAGCUACCGACGGCUGCAGAGCGCAAGGAGUAUAUCGCCACCCACAAAUGUCUCAUCUUCCGUGAGUCUCUCGCGGCUCUCGACAUCCUCGCGAUUGGGCUGAAAGAGCACUCCAACAUCGAGAUCCUGCGACUCGACGGCACCCUCGACCAGCGGCAACGUGACCUGGCCCAUCACGACUUCGAGGAGAUUGAGGCGGGGGGACCGAAAAACUUCAGCUGGCCAGAUGUCGAGCCCAGCCAAUACCUCGCCAUGGCGGGCACAGUCAAGGUAUGUGCCAAGGGCCUGACGUUCAUCCACGCCUUGGACGUCUUCAUCCUCGCGCCGUCGUGCAACCCCUUCAUCGAAGACGAAGUCAUCGCUCGCGCCAUCCGCAGAGGCCAGAAGAAUGUCGUCGCUGUUCGUCGCUUCUACUCGAGCAGCUCGAUCGAAUCGCACAUUUUGAGUCUCCAAGCGAGCAAGCGCAAGAAAAUUUCCAAGGCCCUGGACGACGACAUCGUCGCUACGCGUGGCCUACUUAUCAAAGACGAUGACGACCACGAGUUCCUUGAGGCAAUUGGUAUCCGUCACGUCAUCUCAGGCUUGAAGCGUGGCGUACUUUGA